AUUUAGAUCUUACACCAACAUCAGACAUAAAAACAAUGAGAAGAUAGUGUAGAGAAUACAGCGGUUUCUUACGUUUGUUCGGGGUUAGGAGUUUAGGUAUUGUGGUAACACAACGGGAAUGGUUGAGGUAAGAUGUAGAUAGACGAUGCACGUGACCUCAACGUAGAUUUCCCGUUCGGCGCGUUGAAUUUGAGUGCGAGGGACAGCCGUCAACCUCAACGCAACGACAGGUCACUCCAUCUCCGAAUUCCACGAGACGUCGCCCACACAAAUCCUUCGAAAUGGCUGCUCUGAUCAAGGCUGCGAACGCCAAAAUCCGGUCAAACCCGGUGACUGACUAUGUUUGCUCGACCCGUACGUCUUUCGAAUAUCCUGUCAUGUUUUUUGCAUGAGCUCCGAUUCGUCUCCGAAAGCGCAAUUUUGUGAUAUUGCAACUCAACAAGCAACACCACGGCUACAAUACAUAUAGAAGCACAUUUUAGGCAUAGAAAAGAUGUGGAAAAAAAUGUUGUUCCUCUGAAAUAUGUCAAUUGGGCUGUUGGAGGGUGCGUUGAUGUGCAAUGCGUGUUUUGGAGCACGGCAGCUUCGGGGUAAUCAGCAUGUCGAGACUUGGACUGACUCUUGAUAUUUGCAGACUUUUGGGGCCCUGUCUCCAACUUUGGUAUCCCUCUCGCGGCCAUCAUGGACACGCAGAAGAGCCCUGAAUUGAUCUCGGGACAGAUGACUGGUGCUCUCAUCAUCUACGCCGGUACUUUCAUGCGAUACUCACUGGCUGUCACACCCAAGAACUACCUCCUCUUUGCCUGCCACUUUGUCAACGCUGGCGCCCAGCUCACCCAAGGAUACCGAUACCUCAACUACCAUUACUGGGGCGGAAAGGAGAAUAUGCCCAAGGAGCAGCUGGCACAGGCGGCCGAGGCUGCCAAGGGAAAGGUUGAGAAGGCCACGGAGAAGGUUCAGAAUGCUGUCAGCAAAUAAAGAGAUUGCCAGACCGACGGUCACUGGAAGGGAUCGGUGUGUCGGGCUGCAUGCCGUCCAUAAUAGGAGUGUCCCCGGGUUGUACCUCGGGAUUCGGAGAGUGGCAGCACACAGCUACCGCACAAUAACGUUGUAACUUUACAAGAAUUUGUUCCCUCGAACAUCUAGAAUCGCACCCCGAGUUGGGGUCUUUGCAGUACUCGUGCCUGAAGAGUUGCUACGAGAAGAUCUUGUUGCGGGGGCCCUUAGGUCAAUGAAUAUGGUUAGAGCAAAGAAAUCAAGCCUUCAAAUGCCACAUUGAGAUGCUACGAGCGAGUGAUGAGGAGGAGUGCUCCCCGCAAAACGGAGAUACAAUGAAUUCCCCGGGAGG